GGUGGCGGUAGCGGUCAUGACUGUUUGUAGACGACAAUCAAGAAGAAGAAAGGUUCCUCCCACCCACAAAAGAUUUGAACGUUGACGCGGGAUACAGCUGUAACUGUUUACACUAGCCUACUUAGAAAAGACUGUGUGCCGUUUAUAUUAAAAUCAUGAGCCACUGUGAGCUUGAGGAGCUAACGGAGCACAUCAACAGCAGAAUCUCAAAGGUUAAAAACCUCAUGCACUUACGAGUUAUUGGAAAUGACCCAGAGAAACAGAAGAUUUUUCGUAAGAUUGCAGCGGAGGUCAGUGGGAUGACAAAGCUCUUGGAUCAGUUUGAGAAGUGUGUUGCUGAAGAGAGAGAUUCACUAAAACAGUUGGAGGAACUGAAUGAGCUGAUUGAAGAGGAUUUGCAGAAUGCAAUUCACAUGGCAGAGAACAUCCCCAGUCACAUGCCAGUUCCUACAUCUGCUGUCAACGAAGUGUUGCCUGUUCAAAAGGAAAACGAGCAGCCACCAAAGGAUCAGGCUCCUGCCAAGAAGUCUCGCAAACAGAUUAAGGAGAUGGAAUUCAUAACUGUACACGAGUUUGACACGAUACCACCGUACAUGAAAGGUCGAGUGACGUACGACCAGCUGAACUCUGCGGUGCGGAGCAUUAACAAGUCUGUGACCGAGAAGUACAAGAUCCUCCAGCAGCCCCUGAAGACAUUGAACAACAUGUCACGCAAGCUCUAUGAUCGCUUCAAGGAGAAUGAGACUGGCGAGACCAGAGGACAUUUCUUCGUGGUGGAGGCUGACCUGCGUGAAUUUGCCCAGGUGACAGUGGACAAGCGCUUCCUGAAUCUGCUGAGCAUGCUGCGCCACUGCCAGCGUCUCAAGGAGACGAGAGGAGGUGGGCUGACCCGCUACCAGCUGCUCUGAGCUCUCUUCUGGAACAGUGGCCUCCACCCUCACUCAGCCUCCAUCCACCUAAACUCACCAGCCAACCUCCAACCAGCCUUCACCCAGCCAUCUCAAUGAAACAACCAUCACAGACUCCUCCUUUUUCCUCAACAAACCACACCAACCAUCAAUCAGCAACUACUAGCCUCUAUAACCUCUAACCAGCCAUCUCAAUGAACCAACCAUCUCCAGACAGAAUUCUUAUUUUUUAUUUUUUCCUCAACAAACCACACCAACCACCAGUCAGCAACUACUAGCCUCUUUCAGGAAACCAUACCAAUCUCCACACAGACUCUGCUCUUCUCUGCAAACACUCUGAGACUCUUUCAGAAAAAGUGGAUUUCACAUAUUUCUCCAACCAGGUUACCUCUUAGUUUGCAUAGGUCCUUAAAGCAGAAGUAAUAAGAACUCUUAAAAACACAAACAUACAGGUAACUCAUCUUUAUAUUUAGCAUUAGGUGUAGAAUCACAAAAUGCUGGGUAGAAAACACUGGUUGGUUUUCAUAACCUAAGUAGGUAAAUUGAAACGGUCAAUGAUAAAAUUCUGCUCAUCUCCCUAUGGUGAGCAUCUCCUUCUUGAUCAUCUUGAGCUAACCAUCAUACACAUGUUCUGAGUGCCUUUGUGGCAGAUCUGAGGGCUGUGCUACCAACGGAGGGAGGCUACUAGCUUAUCCAGGUAACGUUAGUAGUAACUGCUGAUCUCAAAAGAACAGGUCACUUUUGAAACAAUAGAUACUUGGGGCCAAUGUUCUUACAGAGAUCAGCGGUUUCUCUCAGAGUUAGCGGGAUAAACUAGUAACUUCACUUCGUAGUAUCUGGCUGCUGCUCAACUAGUGUUACAAGAUAAGAGAGGGUUAAUGGCACUCCCCGAGACAAGUUGUGCUAGUCAGGUCUGCUGAUGUAUUCAGUUGUAGCCAUUUAAAAACUGUAACUGUAAAUAAAAACAUAAAGAUGAAUACACAUGC